UUUUUUUUUUUUUUUUUUUUUUUUGGCGAACACGGAAGUAGAAGGAAGGGAAGCAUCUUGACUCGAGUUGAAACAACUCGGCCUCAGCGUGGGAGCAAUUUUAAACUACAUUAAUCUCUUUUAAACGAUGUCUGACAAAACCAUCAAACGRCCGGGGGUCGGUGUCGGUGUGCUUGUAACAGACUCGGCCCACCCGGGCUGCGUUCUCCUGGGGAAACGAAAGAGCUCUGUAGGCAGAGGAACGUAUCAACUACCCGGCGGACAUCUGGAGUUCGGGGAGACGUGGGAGGAAUGUGCUCACAGAGAAGUUCUGGAAGAAGCCGGGGUCCACCUGGUGAAGGUGGUCUUUGCAUCGGUGGUGAACUCCAUCAGGCUGGAGGAGCAGUACCAUUACAUCACCAUCAUCAUGCAGGGAGAACUGGACCGGGCCCGGUCCGGAGAGCCUGUCAACCUGGAGCCAGAGAAGAAUGAAGGUUGGACUUGGACACGCUGGGAUGAGUUUCCACCAGAACCGCAACUCUUCCUGCCGCUGGCCAAUCUGAGGCAACAAGACUUCCAGCCAUUCACAAACACACAAACAUGAAUCAUCUUUUUUACCCAACGUAGUGAAUAAAAAGACAUUUUCUCUGCAAA